AUGGCGACUGAAAACGCAAAGAAGGUCCUUACCCAGGUUCUCACCGAGGAAGAGUUUACUAUAGCGAUCAGGAAGAGAACAUCAGCCCGCAUGAAGAUUACCGCAACGUGUAACGCGACUGAGAAAGCUAUACAAGAAAAGGGGUCAAAAGGAGCUAUCCAAGGUCUACUAAAACGUUUGGAUCAACUACUGGCGGACGCCGAUGAACUAAACAAUCAUUUUGACGGCCUUUUAGAGGAUAAGGAAGCCGAACGUCAGGAAGGAAUCCACCUCAGUUAUGUGGAACGUAUUGGAACGACAACCGACAAGGCCACCCAGUAUUUCGCCACUUUGAGCGAUGAAGCUACUAGUGUUCACACUGCCCGGUCAUCUAUAGGAGUUACUUCCGUCACUUCAUCUGAAGCCGCUAGACGUCAGACUGCGAGAAGAGCCGCAGAUACAGCUCGACAAGCGGCUGAAGCAGCGCAAGAAGCGGCCGAACGAGCACAAUUACAAGCAGAGGAGGCUCGAGCCGCAGCAUUAGCAGCCGAAGAGGAACUCCAGUUAUACGAAAUAGAAGACAUUAAUUUAGAUGAUCCAGUUCCAGACGCAGUGCAGCAAUGGCUACGAUCACAACGAAAGCAGAACACAAGCCCCGCACCACCAAACCCUGACGACUGGAUCGAUCAAUAUGCAGCCGGAAAAUUAAAACCCUUUCGAGGAGCAGGGAACCGUUCGAACUCGUCUGUAAGAGCAGAACUGGAACCUUUCAGUGGAAAGGCCCUCGACUGGUUUUGUUGGAUAGACCUAUUCAAAGCUUUGGUGCACGAAACAACUAAGUCAACGGGAGAAAAGCUUGCGCUACUAAAGCGACACUUAAAAGGAGAUUGUUUGGACUUUGUCCAUGGACUGGGUGGAGGAGAAGAGGCCUACAUCGAGGCUCUGGUACGACUGAAACAGUCGUGCGGGAGAAGAGACGUGAUGCGAGCAGCCCACAUUCAAGCUAUUGAGAAGCUAGAAUGUAAACCCGAUCCAAAUUUGUUUCGAAGAUACGCUGAGAAGAUUAGAACCCAUUUAUUCGACUUGAAUCGUAUCGGAGAGACAUCCAGUACGGAUAUUAUCAAGAGAAUCUGCCUGAAGCUACAACCACUAGACCGAUUAGCCUGGAAUGCGGAAAGACGGGGAGGAAUGGAGAAGCGGAGCCUGAAUACCUUCGGCACCUGGCUCUGUGAUAGAGCAGCCGCCUAUCAAAACGCCUACAGUCUAGCAACAGAACAACUUACUGGAGCAGCACCUAAAGCCACCUUCCCUCGACUAAAUGCCCGUGUCAAUCAAAGUUAUUCAAAAGGAAGGGAAGGAGUUUUUAUGAAAAGCUCUUCACGUCCAUUUUGUUUUAAGUGCAAAGGUGAGCAUAAGUUAGAAAAGUGCGAAUCCUUUUUAGCUUUGGAGGCAUACGAGAGAUUUCGUUUCUGUAUGCGUCAUCUACUGUGUUAUGGAUGCUUCGGACCGAAACACUCCGCUAGAAACUGUAGCCAAACCAAGCCAUGUGAAGAAGACGGCUGUGGCAUUCCUCAUCAUCCGCUGUUACACGACAGAUCUAGAGCGACAAAGACUACCCGAACUGCAGUCGCAAGAACCAUGGAUCAAGCAAGCGCGGACAUAGCGAUGGGAAUGCUUCGACUAGAGGUGCUGGAUCGCAACGGAAGACCAAUAUCAGCCAACGUAUUCAUAGACGAAGGGAGCAAUUCAUCCUUGAUGCGGCAAGGAUUUGCGAGAGCUCUCAAACUCGAGGGCAAGCCUCAAGUAUUAGCAGUAGAAGGCGCUGGCGGAGUCAUCAGUCACUAUCAAUCUCAGGAAUUAAGCAUCCAGAUUCGCACUACUUCCGGACAGGUGCACGUGAUUAAAUGCUCAACUAUGCCCACCGUUGCCAGCCCGACCCCAGUUACAGAUUGGCCAGCUUUGAUACCCCACUGGCCUCAUCUUAGCGAUAUUCCGGUAACGAAAACUGGUGGACGAGUGGACCUUUUAAUCGGCCUGGAUUAUGGUCAGCUGACUGCAGCGAUCGAGUCUAGGAUAGGAGAAAGAAAUGAGCCGGUCGCCAAACGUACCGUUCUUGGCUGGAUAAUUCGAGGAGUUAUGGGAGGAAUUCCGAAACCAGAUGUAGUUCGUUCCCACACGAUCUUUAGUUCCGUACUCUUAGAAGAUCUGGUCAGAGAAAUGAAGAGGUUUUGCGACACCGAAAAUUUCGGGACAGAAUUCCAGUCUCCAGGAAUGUCCGAAGAAGAUCAACGGGCCAUCUCCAUACUCAGCGAUCAGACCAGAAAGCUUGAAGUUGGCUACGAGGUGCCAAUAACUUGGCGUAAAAAUGAACCAGAUCUCACCUGUAAUCGACAAAUGGCGGAAGAUCGUUUCCGGAACCUUACGAAACGAUUUGAACGAGACCCAGCUUUCGAGAAAGAUUACAGAGCAGCAAUGAAGAAAACCCUAGACAAAGGUUAUGCCUCCCGACUGACGGAUGCAGAAGCAAAAGAAGCGCGAUAUUUUCUAUCGCACCACGGUGUCUAUAAAGGACCGAAGCUACGAGUAGUUUUUGAUGCAGCGGCCUCGUACAAAGGAAAAUGCUUGAACGACGCCAUCAUAAGUGGUCCAGCGCUUCAACCAUCACUGCCAGCAGUACUGAUUAAUUUCCGUGAAGGGGAAGUUGCUUGGUCAUCCGACGUAGAGGCUAUGUUUAAACCCGCAUCUACCGACACCAUUGUUUGCCGAAUGGACCGUUUACCUUUUGGAGCCACCUGCAGUCCAUUCGUAGCGAUUCAAACGACUCGCAGAGCCGCGACGGAGGCAAACGCGCCAACGGAAAUAGUAGAUGCUAUUAAGAAGAAAAUGUACGUGGAUGAUUAUUUGGGAUCAGCACCCACUGCUGCCAUCGGGCUCCAAGAAGCCAUCGCGGUAAAAGAUGUUUUAGCCUCGGCCGACCUUCACCUGCAAGGAUGGAGAUCAAACUCUAAAGAAUUUAUCGAAGAAAUCAGUAAGAAUAUGAAGCCCGCAAACUCCCCGACUCCCUCUCUAAUAUCGGAAGAAGAAAACGGCAAAGUUCUCGGAGUGGUGUGGAAUUCAAAAACCGACACUUUAGGAUUUCAGGUGAGCGAGCUAGAAAACUUGGAAUAUACCCGCAUGACCAUUGCCAGCAAGGUAGCAAGCGUUUUUGACCCGCUCGGCACAGCAGCUCCACUCAUCGUGAAGGCUAAAGUCCGGCUACGAGAACUUGGGACGAGAGGAUUAAAAUGGUCCGAGAGAAUUUCAGAGUCAGACCAAAGUUGGUGGGAAGAAUGGUUUGCGACCGCACAACAGCUUUCGGAGUUCAGUUUCAGUCGGUGUUUGUUCCCAAAUGAAUCCGAAAUCGAAGAAUCUCAACUACAUGCGUUCGGCGAUGCUUCCGAAGAAGCUUAUGCAGCCGUCAUAUUCCUACGCCAUCAAUAUCGCGACGGCCAAAGCUGCCUCAGCCGACCAAUCUCCAAGAAGUUCCUCUGGACGGACAGCAGCACCGUACGCAACUGGAUCCGUGCUACGGCAUCCUUCUAUCAAGUUUAUGUCGCGAAUCGGGUCGGAGAAAUUCAGAUGCUGACUGAACCCGAAGAAUGGAGAUUCGUCCCAGGAAAGCUCAAUCCGUCAGACGAAGCAACUAGGUCCACAUUGGGGGAAGAAAUCCUUUCAGCACGUUGGAUGAACGGGCCCGAAUUUCUACUACAUUCUGAAGUCGAUUGGCCGAAAGACCUCCCCUGGAUGACUGUAGCAGACGAGAUGAGAGCGUGCAAGGCUUAUCAAAUGAAGAUAUUUGGCGUGUACGAUUGGUCUGAUUUGCCGAUAGACAAAACAAAUUUCUCAUCCUUUCUUAAACUAGACGACAAGGCGCGAAGUUUGCUAAAACGAUUCCAGCAGGAAGUCUAUGGCGAAGAAAUCCAACUCCUCGAAAAGGGAAGGCCUUUACAUAAGUCAUCCCCUAUUUUAUCACUGCAUCCGACUCUGGGAGACGAUGGCCUGCUUCGUCUCGGUGGUAGGAUUGGUAGAGCAAAAUUACCUUAUGAUGUCCUCCAUCCUCCCCUGUUACCCGGUCGGCAUCCCCUCACAGAGCGCAUCAUCCACAUUUUCCACGACGAAACUCAUCACGCCGGAACCGAUUAUCUAUUCUCCCAGAUCAGUCAGCACUUUUGGAUUGUGAAGGGUAGAGAAGUAGUGAAGAAGAUUCGACGGCUAUGCCCGGUCUGUAUUCGUGGAAGAGCGGCACCUGCUGGACAACUGAUGGGAGAUCUUCCGUACGUACGUUUAGACUCGUACACCCCUCCCUUCUCUCAUAUCGCCAUAGACUAUUUCGAACCGAUAGAAACCAGCCCUGGUCGGAAUCGGAUAACGAAGCGUUACGGAGCACUCAUUGCAUGUCUAGUAACUCGAGGUGUUCAUCUAGAACUAGCAGAAUCUCUCUCGACCGACGACUUUAUUCUCGUCUUUCGCCGAUUCAUCGGACUAUACGGCAGACCCAUUUCUGUUCAUUCUGAUAAUGGUACAAAUUUCGUAGGUGCUGAAAGGGAGCUGAACACGCUAAUAAAGAAUCUUAAAGAGAACGAGGAAAUUCGACGUUUCAUAAAAGAAAAGGGAAUUGACUGGCGAUUUCAACCUCCUCGUACUCCUCAUUUUGGGGGAGCCCAUGAAAGUUUGGUACGUUCAACGAAGAAGGCACUGUAUCGAGCUCUAGAAAUCGAAAAGGGAGGUCUUCGUUUCCCGACCGAUGAAAUGUUACGUACCCUCCUGUCGGAAGUUAUCGGAUUACUCAACACUCGACCGUUAACUUUCGCCAGUUUGGACCCCGAAGAUUUUCGACCUCUCACCCCUAACGAUUUUCUAAAUCGCCCUUCUACAUUACAUUCACCUCCAGGAAACUUCAGCGACGCGUUACCAAGGGAGAGAUUCCGCUAUACUCAACGUAUGGCCCAAUUAUUUUGGGAUUUGUGGACAAAGUUUUACCUUCCUUCCCUCGUCGAGAGAAAGAAAUGGAAAGAAGAAAAGCCGAAUCUCAACAUCGGAGACGUGGUGAUGAUGAUCGACUCCAAUUUACCAAGAGGACAGUGGCGGAUCGGUAACAUCGUAAAAACCUACCCUGGCGAUGAUGGUUUAGUACGUGUGGUGCAAAUUCAGACGGAGAGCGGAACUUAUGACCGAGGCAUCCAUCGGGUCUGUUUAUUGGAAAAGGCCACGGCGACUCCUCCUGAAACCAACUUAACUCGCAACCCGACCCCGCACCAGAUGAAGACGCAGAACUGCCUAUAUUUAAGGUCAUACGCUUUUCCCAUUAACUCAUCCGGUUAG